AUGAGUAAGCUGCAGACCGACGCCCUCAAGGAGGCCAUCACCCAGGUGGUGGCGGACGCCAAGGAGAAGAACAGGAAGUUCACCGAGACCGUUGAGCUCCAGAUCGGCCUCAAGAACUAUGAUCCGCAAAAGGACAAGCGUUUCAGCGGCUCUGUCAAGCUGCCCCAUGUCCCUCGCCCCAAGAUGAGGGUCUGCAUGCUCGGUGACGCCCAGCAUGUGGGAGAGGCUGAAAAGAUUGGUCUUGAUUCCAUGGAUGUUGAAGCUCUUAAGAAGAUGAACAAGAACAAGAAGCUUGUCAAGAGGCUUGCCAAGAAGUACCAUGCUUUCUUGGCCUCAGAGGCUAUCAUCAAGCAGAUUCCACGUCUCCUUGGUCCUGGUCUCAACAAGGCAGGCAAGUUCCCGACUCUGGUUUCUCACCAGGAGUCUCUGGAAGCCAAGGUGAACGAGACGAAAGCCACAAUCAAGUUCCAGCUCAAGAAGGUGCUGUGCAUGGGCGUCGCGGUGGGCAACCUGUCGAUGGAGGAGAAGCAGAUCCAGCAGAACAUCCAGAUGAGCGUCAACUUCCUGGUUUCCCUGCUCAAGAAGAACUGGCAGAACGUGAGGUGCCUGUACAUCAAGAGCACCAUGGGGAAGCCGGUCCGUGUGUUCUAA